UGUGACGUCUCGUUCCCUACACAACAUGGCGGCCCCCAUGUUGCUGCCCGUGGCGGCUCCGGAAAAGCUGGGCCAUAAAAAAUACAAAGCUAUUCUGAAGAAAGAAAAACGAAAGAAAAAGAGACAAGCACUUGCCAGAUUAAGAGAUUCAGAAAUCACAGAAAAAAGUGAACCAUUGCCUGAAGAGGAGGAACUAGAAGAAGAGGAAAAACAACUUGAGGCUGAAAGGCAAAAACUACAUGAGGAAUGGUUGCUGAGAGAAGAAAAGGCUCAAGAGGACUUCAGGCUCAAGAAGGAAAAGGAAGAGGCCAUGAGAAGACUUCAGGAGGAAGAGGAGAGAAAGAUAAAAGAAGAAUGGGAAGAACAGCAAAGGAAGGAGAGAGAAGAGGAGGAGCAGAAGCAACAGGAGAAGAGAGAAAGAGAGGAAGCUGUGCAGAAGAUGCUGGAUCAAGCUGAAAGUCAGCUGGAAAAUGGCGCUACCUGGCAUAACCCAGAACCCCCAGAGAACAUAGGAACGGAGAAAGAUAGAGCUAAUUGCCCAUUUUAUAUCAAAACAGGAUCCUGCAGAUUUGGAGACAGGUGUUCCCGCAAACAUAACUACCCAACAUCUAGUCAGACGCUUCUGAUCAGAGGUAUGUUUGUUACGUUUGGGAUGGAGCAGUGUAGAAGAGAUGACUAUGAUACAGAUGCGAGUCUUGAAUACAGUGAGGAGGAAACGUACCAGCAGUUCUUAGACUUCUAUGAAGAUGUACUGCCUGAGUUCAAGAAUGUGGGAAAGGUUAUUCAAUUCAAGGUCAGCUGCAACUUUGAGCCUCACCUGCGGGGAAAUGUAUAUGUUCAGUACCAGUCGGAGCGAGACUGUCAAGAAGCCCUUACUCUAUUCAAUGGACGAUGGUAUGCAGGACGACAGCUUCAGUGUGAAUUUUGCCCAGUGACAAGGUGGAAAACUGCUAUAUGUGGUUUAUUUGAAAGACAGAAAUGCCCAAGAGGGAAACACUGCAACUUUCUUCACGUAUUCAGAAAUCCACACAACGAGUUUUGGGAGGCCAAUAGAGACAUACAUAUUUCUCCUGAACGGACCAAUCAGUCAGCCAAAAACUCUGAAAGGAGAAACAGAACAGGCUAUCACGAGGACUAUUACAGCAAGUCAAGAAGACGGAGCAGCCCCAGCCCAGAUCAUUCUUACAAAAGAAAUGGAGAAUCAGAGAGGAAAAAAAGUAGCUACAAGAGCAAGAAAAGACGGCGGUCUAGUAGGUCAAGAAGUUGGGAACGAAGGCGGUCACAUAGUAGAGGGAAGAAGAGAAGAGGUCGUAGUCGCAGCAGAAGCCGUAGUUGUACACGUGGUCGUAGUAGAAGCCGAAGUAGAAGCUCCUCUCGGUCCAGGAGUCGGGGCAAAAAGAGGUCAAAUAGCAGAGGAAGAAGUAAUGAACCCCUCCCCAAAAAGUAAAGCCAAGUGGAAUUCAGACAAGAAUCUUAGUGCUCCCUUUUUGAAAAAUGAGUGGCGGCUUCUCCCAGUUAAGAGAAACACUUUCACUGAAAUUAGGACUGUGUAUGCUGUACUGAACUGCCCUUUAUUAUAGUCAAGAAAUUGAAUGCUAAGUUUGUAUAUCCAAAACACCUUCAGUUAGUGUGUUUUUGGCUUUAAUUCUUAAAUGAAAUAGCACUAUAGCCUAACCUGAAUAUUCAUUUAGAUGAAGUUUCUUUACAGUAAAGUGUUUAAUGUGAUUAAGCUUUCAAUUACCUGCUAACUUAUUGUUUUCUGUAAAGUUGUUAAUAGCUGUAAAUAAAUGGAAUCUUGAGUACACGUUACACUUUAUUAAAAAAGUUUGAUGGAAAUCAA